GAGGAAAGAAAACGAGGAAGAGAGUGAGAGACAAAGAGAGAAAAGAGAGAGAGAGAGAGGGAAAAUGGAAUUUCUCUAUUUCACAUGUCCUCACUUUCUUCAUUACAGAUUAAUAAACCUAUUGAUUUCUCUGGACGAACUCCUUUAAUGUUUGCCUCUGAAGUGGGCGCCGAUAGAAGAAUCAUCGAAAUAUUGAUAAAAGCUGGUGCGAAGUUAGGAGCGAAAAACAGACUGGGUCGUACAGCUUUACAUUUGGCUGUGUUUUGGAAGCACCUUCAAGCUGUGGAGCUAUUACUCUCUCGGGGCAGCAAUGUCAACGAGAAGACCAACCGCGGAUAUACUCCUCUCCAUUUGGCUGCAAAUUCAUCUCUGGAAUGGACAGAUGGUGUGAAAGCUAUAAUGAACCAGAGCGCUGUUGAGGUGAAUCCUCGAAAUGUAUAUGGUUAAACACCGCUGCACUUGGCCUGUUGGUGGGGACACUUUCACAUUGUCGAUCUUUUGUUGGGUCACAAUGGCAUUGAUGCCAAUGUGGUUGACAACAAUGGAGACACACCACUGCAUAAGGCAGUUCGGAGGCGAAACAAUGAAUUGGUGUCUCUCUUGCUGAACCAGGUUAGUUAAUAAAUACAUAUU